AUGACAUGCUUUGAUAAUGUUUUAUCACUUUAUGACCCGGCUACCAAGAUUGAGGUCAAAGUCCUCAGCUGGCAGACAGUGUUUCAGCCUAUACCAGCAAUGUUCUGUGUCCCGUCCAAUAUUUCAAAUAAAAGGCCAACAACGUCAUGGGUUCAGCUCAACAGUGGGCUGAAUGGAGAAAGCCUACGUUCCUUGGAUCUUAUCAAUAUGAAAUAUGAUCCAAACUGGAGCUACCAGGGUCGGGAGGUCAUGGUCAUAAAUGGAAACUUCAAAGGCUACUUGGGUCACAUAACAUCUACUUGCGUGGAUGAUGAUGUUAUUGUUGAAUUAAGCGCAACUAUGUGA